UACUUGUUGAUUUUUGUCAAUAAUAGAAUAAAUGUUAACGAUCUAAUAAUAGACAUCGUGUUUAUUUACAAAAAUUAAUGUUGCAGAUUAAAAUUUUAUAACACAUUUUAUGUUUUGCAACUAUAUCGUUGGAUCAUUUAAAAAAUUUUGACAAAUACUUAUUGGAUUAAUAUUAUAUUUUUUCUAAAAUUACUUUUCAUUUAAGAAUGAAUUAUUCAUUAAAAAUUUUAGUAUAUUGUUUGAUACUUUUAUUUAUUUAAUAAAAAUGGGAUUUUUUGACAAAACAAAAAUUUGAAUAGAAUUAUUUUCGUAUUUUUUUUAAAUUAAAAAAAAAUAGUGAAUGUAUUCAAAGUUUAACUUUUGUUUAUAAAAUCAUAAAACUCUGGAAAAUUGUUUAGGAUAAUUGUUAACUGUGUCAUAUGGUUGGCAGAAAUUUUAUCACUAUUUCUGGGUUUCAGCCAAAGAAACAGAGCUUAUUCAGCAGUCAGAAUUAGACUGUUUUGUGAACAAAACAUUCUCUCAAUCUUUGUGCUUUCCUGUCAGUUUCGAUUUGAAAACAGAAUAUUUUCAGUGGGUUAGAAGUGAUUGAAAAAAGAUGCAAGAAGAAUUGAAGCUACUGAAAAAACAAGUGUCUCCGAUAUCUAAUCGUUUAAUUUGUUAUAUGUGUAAGAAAAAAAUGAAAAUGAAACGUAGCAGAUCUUUAUCUCCAAAACCCUCAAGCAGUGACGAUGAUAUGAAACGUAUUAGACUUGAAGAAAAUGCUGAAAUAGAUGAAGCAAUAUUGUAUCCACAUAUAUUAGAUUUCUCAGACGACGUUCUAUUAAAUAUUUUUCAAUAUUUAAGUCCUCAAGAUCUUAUGGCAAUAAGCUUAUGUUGUCAAAGAUUAGGACAAGUGGCACAAGAUAAAACACUGUGGAGAAGAGUAGAUUUUCGUGCACUGCCUAUACAAUUAAAUGAUUUUUUAAAAGAAUACAUAAAAUUCCUUCAACCUAUGACAACAACUCUUGCAAUUCGUAGUAGUCCGUAUACUGAAGAAGAUGAUGGUCUUAGUCCUAGUUUCUUCAAUUCUAUUAAAACUGUAUGCACUCAACUUAAAGAAUUAAUUAUUGAAGAUUAUUAUAUUAAUGGAGAUAAGUGUUUGAUUUUAAGCAACUGUCAAUGGUUUACUCCACAUUCACUCUUGGUUAUCAGUAAAAUGCCAAAGUUAAAAGAAUUACGAUUAAAUUCAUGUCACCGUUUGGGUGAAUGUGUUGCUUAUACUAGUUUAGCAACAAGAUUUGGAUUUAAAACACUGGAGAUUCUGGAUUUACGAGAUACAGCACUUGGUGAUAGCGAAGUUGGUUGCUUUAAUUGUACUAAAACUUUAACUCAUUUGUAUCUAGAACGCCCUUCUAGUUUAGGAAACACAGAAUCAGUAGAUCAAGAACCACGACCUUUGGUCAGAGAGGCUUUGUUGAAUCCACCUGUAUACGAAGAUGCACAUGUUGCACAGUUUUGGGCUGAAGAUGGAUUUCGAUGGGUAAAUUAUUCAUUUGGACGUUGCUUAAUAACAGAUCGAGCAAUUUGCACUCUUGGAAGUGAUACGUGCGAUCGUAGGAUAAUCAACAACUCGGCAGAAGGUGUAAUAGUUGUUGAAGAGGACAAGCGAGUGUUUAACAAUCCACAUUUGAAAACAUUGGUUGUUAGAAAUUAUCCACAUGUUACAAAUUCGAGCCUCGUACACUUGGCUUUAAAUGCAUCCAGUCUCGAGUAUCUGGAUGUAACUGGUACUUCUGUUACAAGACAAGGUGUUGAAGCUUUCAAAUCUCAGAAAGCAAAUGUUAAAAUAAUAUCUUCGUUCGGUGAAAUGUAGUUAUAAAGAAUUGCAUGAAUCGCGAAUGUAGCAUGAUUUAAGUAUAUGUCUAAUGCGUGUGUGAAUAUUGGCAAACAACAUUUAAGAUAAAGUCAAGUUGAAGGCUUUGAUAAUACGAUACUGCUACAGGUUAAAUAAAUUUAUUUUUCGCGAAAAAUGAACAAACAGAAGAAUUAGAAGUAAAUAGUUUUUUACUUUCACAAAAUAGUAGAUGUAAAGAGAAAUACGAAUUAUAGAAGAAUAUUUCAAGUUAAUAUUUUAAGUUUACAGUUUUUGUGUGAACUGUAUUCAAUGUAUUUAUUUACAAGUAAUCUACUUACAUAGUAUUGUAAAUAUGUAUUUGUGUGCAAUUGAAUAACAUAUUAAAUUUUACGUCGAUACUUAUUAACGUAACACAAUAUUAGAUCUCUUUGUGCUAAUGAUAAUGAAAUUUCAUUAUCGAAACGAAAAUGUAGAAAUGCAGAUACAUUAUUUGAAGGACAGGGGUUAGUGAUAAAAAACAUUGAUAAUAAUCGAAAGAAAAACAAACUAUGGAUAUCACAAAAUAUGUUCUUAUUUUUCGAUUUCA